UUUCUCGUCUCUGUACAUCCGGUUUCGUUUUCAAAACAAAGACCUUCGAGAGCUUAAUUAACAAAAAGCGAACUAAAAUGGAUGAUUCUUCGCAAGGGGAUGACAAAAGUGACAAGCAGUUGGGAAAAAGAGUAGACAAGCUUGGAAGAGUCAGACCUAAAUCAUAUUCUCAGAAGAAAAAUCUACCAAAGAAAGCAAAAAGUGACCUGUCAGCUGACAAACCAAAAUUUGUCGAAAGUCAAUCACAGGUAAUGUCAGAUGAUGAUGAAUCUUAUUACAAAAACUAUGAAGAAGGCAUGGACGAACCUCCAAAUAUUGAUGAAACAGUACAACGUUUAAUAGAAGAGGCAAUCUUUAAUACUGAAGAUGAUGACAGCGAUUUAAUUUCCAACGAGAAAUGGCAUGAGCUAAUGGACCUUCCAGAAACUUUAGCUGAUGAUGAUUCUACAAAGAAUGAAUCAGAUUAUGUAGAAACUGAAAAAAAAGAAAUUUCCGAAACUGAUGAAUUUGACAGGAAUUCUACUAUUUACCAUGGUCAUCAUAUGACAAUCUAUACAAGCAUGGUGCUGAUUCUACUUUAUUCUAUGUGUCACAGCAUCAGUGGUGCCCAGCUAAGUGACUUAUUGACAAUGAUUAGUCUCCAUUGCUUGAAUCCUCACCCAGGACUCAAAAGCAUGUACACAUUUAAGCGGUUUUUCACAGAUCUUCAAUCGCCAAUGAAGAAGCACUUUUAUUGUUCAACUUGCUUUUGUGAUGUAACUGUUAAUGAAGAUGUCUGUCCAAAUGAAAAGUGUCAACAACAAUUAUCUUUGAAAAAGAAAAGUUACUUUAUUGAAAUUCCAGUCAAACAUCAAGUAAAAACAUUUUUAGAAAAAAAGGAACACUUGAAAGUUUAA